UUUUUAAACAAGCUGCACUGACAGAACGAGUGGAGUGUAAAAGAGCACUUCUCCAUUCAGAUGUGUAACUUUAUACCUUCAGUUGGUACAUUUCAUUAGCUACUUAUACGUACAUUAGUUUGAUUAAAAUGAUGGAUAAUGUCAGCUCGUUAGCAAACAGUAGCUCAGUCAGUCUCUAAAAUCUCUUCCUGACAACGUUAAAAUCAAUAUACUAGUGAAAAUUAUACCACUUCAGCUGAGCAUUAUACAUAUUAAUUAAUUACGUGCGCUCUAUCAGCCGUAUCUACUGCUCAUGCUCUGACUCCGGUUCUGAUCUACUGCACAAACUCAAAUUUAAUCCCAAACCUGCACAAUAACAAUCAAUGACACCGUGUAGUCCACUCAUGCACACAGUCACUGGUUUAAACUAAAUCAGAAUAAACUGUGUUGAAGAUCACAUGUUAAUUAUAAAGAAGAAUUGUUCAGGGUGGAGUGUGUGUGUGUGUGUGUUCAUGUUAGAAUGAAAUAUACGACCUGAUCGAUAUUAAUUCUAUAUGAGGAUCACACAGAAAAGAAGAAGCCCAACUCUCUGUAGGAUGAAAUGAACAUUUUCUUAAUUAGGGAGCAAUAACACUCUUAUUAACACUGUUAUUAACACUCUUAUUAACACUGGGUUGUGUACAGUAUUCACUCGUGAGCUGCGGUUGUGUGUAAUGUGUGUAAAUGUAAGUCUUAUUGUUGUCUUAUCUGCUCAGUGUUUCAUGUGAUUUCUCUUUGGUUUUGUCAGCGUUGUUGAUGAGGGAUGGCGCUCAGUGUGUUCUGAGUUUCAUUAGUAAUAAUAUGGAAUGAAAUAUUAGCCAUACAGUAGACUUUAAGAUCUGCAGACUAAAUGACAUUUAAAAAGAAAAGCUCAUCUUGUGGAUAAAAGUUGGGUUGUGUUUGUUAAGCCUGUUGCUGAAUUUAUAAGUUGCUUUCAAUUUGUCUGUUUUUUUUUUUGUCAUGAGUCCGUAAGCGUACGUGUUGUUGAUGUAUUUAUCUAAAGCACUCACAGGAAGGGCUCGCGUCACACUGCUGACUGUUUAAAGCCUGAAAUGAAACUAAUGAAAUAUUUCUGCUUUUACCUCCGUCAGGAAAAAAGAUGCUUCCACUAACGAUGAUAAUAAAAGCUGAAUUAAAUCUG